AUGCCAACUAUGGAACCUUCACUGGGCAUAGAGAGAAACCAGGCAGGAUCAAAACCGCCUCAUCUGGACCGCUUCCACCAACUUGUCGCCGACCUUUCCACAAUCUUGGGUCCUUCAUCUGGCCUCAACUCCGAAGAUGUAAACGUCCAAGAAUUACAAUCUCUAAUGGAAGACUAUGUGUCCAAUCAAGAGGACUGGAAGCAAUAUGCAUUCUCGGAUUCCUCCCGCGGUUACACCCGCAACCUCGUAGACGAAGGGAAUGGAGAAAGCAACCUUCUAGUGCUUGUUUGGACACCAGGAAAGGGAAGCUCAGUGCAUGAUCACGCUGGCGCACACUGCCUGAUGAAAAUCCUCAAGGGAACCCUGGUCGAGACAAGAUAUGAAUUUCCUCAGAAUCCGGUUACGCCCCCGGAAAUUAUCAAGGAGACAGUGUAUAAGCAGGAUCAGGUCACAUAUAUGUCCGAUGAACUGGGUGUACAUAAGAUUUCCAACCCGGAUCCACUCAAUGUUGCUGUGAGCUUACAUCUUUAUACUCCCCCAAACGCAGCUAAGUUAGGAGUCCGUAUCUUCAAUGAGAAGACCGGAAAGAGCCACCAUACCACGCAAAGCAACUUCUUUUCUGUUUUUGGGCGGAAGAUCUAG